AUGGCGAGAGGAAGCCCGUUCCCCUCAAAAAAAAAACUAAAGGCGAAUGAGGCCGUCCAGUGCAAAGGACGCCGGCAAAAUGAAGCCAAUCCGAUGGAGACAAAUUUUCUCGUAACGCAAAAAAACAAAAAGGGAAACUUGGAAAAGUACACAUACGGAAAGGUCUGGCUAUACAAUAAAAUAAAUAGCCUAUACACACAGUUUAACAUGUUUAAGAUGAGCAUUCAAAGGGGUGACCAUCGCGAGCAGAAGGGGAAGCGUCCAAUCAUCAGCAUGAUGAACAAGAAGAGAGGCGAAGCCCAGCGCUACACACAUGAACACAAAAAUGUUAAAACAAAAAAAAGGAAAUUCGCUGACACUUCAAAUGAACACAAUGCAGAAGCGGGACAGACAGAAAGAAAAAAUCAGUCGACGACGUUCCAUCAUUUGGAAAUAUUAAAAUCGCUACUUUGUAUUUACCAGUUUUACACGACGGAUGAUGGUAGUGGCGACAUGGGUCUCCCUCCCGUGGGGGGCGCAGAAAAUGGCGGCGUCCAAAAUGGUAUCAAACAUAAUGGCACCGCUCAAAAUGGCACCGCUCAAAAGUACAAUUUUCAGGACAAUGAAAAAUACAACAAAAGUCUAAGUGACAUUUUCUCCUCCAUUGUAAAUGACAAGUGUGGCUUCUUUUUUAUAUUCAAUGCAAUAUUCUUUACAAACUUAAAAAACUUUUAUUACUUUGUCGAUAUAAUAAACGUGUUAAAUUAUUUGGGGAAUGGAAAGACCAUCAAGGGGAGGGGUGGACAUAUGGAGAAGGACAUUUUAAUAUAUGAGCAAAUUGCGUCAUUUGUAGAAAACUGCUACUGCUGUUUUGUAAAUGACGUAGAUAAUGGAUGCAACUGUUGGGCCUUCAAUCAGACCUGUCCCAGUGGGAAAAGUACAAGGAUAACGCAUACAAGGAAAAUUAAUUCCGAUAAGGUAGAAAAGAUUAAAAAUAAAUUAAAGGAACUUAAGAAGGAAAAGUCACACGAAGAAUUGCUCUUCAUCUCUAUGAAUGAAUGUAAUAAAAAAAUAUUCCAUGAGUUUUGUAAAAUCCCAGAUUUGUUUUGCGACAUGACGGAAAUUAGCGAGUAUAGCAGGAGUGAGCCCUCCAAGGAGAAAUACUCCCCAAGUGAUUAUGCUCCGAGCGAAAUUAUUCACGCACAGAGCAGCACUGAAUUGAGCAAAAAAAGCCUGGGAAGGAAAAGCACUCUUGUACUUUACAACCAAAGUGAUUACACUAAGUCAGGAACAUAUGAUGAUUCAAGAACCGGUAGUCUACACAUUUUGAAAAAUUCCCUUUCGAUGAAGUCCGAGGUGUAUCCUUUUCUUGGGUUUCUCCACAAGAACAACUCGUACAGCCUUGCCAAGGGAGACCCUCAACUGAAGGGGGAAAUGCCAUCCGUCCGCAGCUACCCCAAUCAGCAAACUUCCAACCUUGUUAACACAAAUGAACAUGCGCAAAAGGGAUAUAACAUAAAGAAUUUCUUCGCGAAUUUAUUUAAAUAUGGGCAGGCGAAUGAGCAUCCAAAAGGAACUACACUUCCUGCUGAACAGAGCCUACCCAAAUUGGAGAUCAAUGAGGAGAUCGCAGAAACUAAUCACCUUGAAAUUGGAAAAACAGAAAACGGCACUCUUCGCGUAGGAAGCAACGCAGAGGGGGAAGCAGACAAAAGUGACCAAUCCAGUUGUGACGAAGAGGAGGCAAAACAAUCGGUUGACAGCCACCUAGAACAGGGCUGCCCUACUGUUAAGGAGCCAAGCAACAUGGCCCCUAUUACCGAGCAUUCUGGAAAACAAAGCUCGGCAAGCUCCUCCCUCUCGCAGUCGUCUGCAGAAGAGGAGCAGAGUAACAGUGAGGAGGCGAAUGAUGAAUUGUCACAAGUAGAAGACACUGCUGGGGAGAAAGAGGAAGAUGCGCAAGUGGAACCCCUCAAUGAAGACAAAACUGAGCAGGACCUACCGAACAACCCCGACAUGAUGGAGGAAAAGAACAUUGAACAGAAUGACGGAAAGGAGAAUUACCAUCACCUAUGUGAAGGCGAGGAUGGCGGAGCAGCGACGGAGGAGAAGUCCCAACAAGAAAUUUUAUUGUGCCCCCCAGAGACAGAAAUGAGUCAAGUGAACAAAACGGAGAAUCACGAUGGUGAAGAAGUGGACGCGGCACUUGGGGGCGAACCGCAUGAACAGGGUCCACUCGAAUGUAACGAAAUGGAGGAAAAUACAAUUAAAGACAAAGUCAACGAUGAUGGUAAAAACGAGUUGGAAACGUUCACAGAAGAAAACAGCGGAGCAGAAGUAUUUUCAAAAAGUUUGAUGGAGAGCGAUGAACCCAAUAAAUCCCAAAUUGAGAAUGAGAACAAAUUAGUGGACAAUGCAGAGAGUGGAGUUUCCCCAGGACAGAUGCAGAAUGAGGGAGGUGCAACGGAAGGGCUGCAUUCGGGGAGUAGUAACCCUAAUGGAGAGGCAGAGAUCAGCGAGCAAAGCGGAACUGGAUUGAUUUCCAUAGCAGGUGAGGGCAAAGGCAAUGAUGUUGUAGGGUGCCAGGGAGAACAGUUGGUGGACCCUAUAGAUGAGCUCGACGAACGUACGAGUGAGCAUGAUGGCGCGGAAAGGGAAAGUGCUGGUGAGUGUGUCAAUGGGGAAGACGCUGCAAAUGAGAAAAUCUCAUCCAAGGAGGACCAAAAGGAGGAAAAUGGCUCCCUGGAACCUCCUCAAAAAAAACAGCGUACAGAGGAGGCGCAAAAUGUGGAACUCAACGAUCAAGUGAGCCAAUCGGAGAAGGCGGACAAUGCGAACACCCCAGAGGAUGACCACUCCAUUUCGAGUGCGGAUGAUGAUGAUGAGGAUGAUGAGGAAGACGACUCCGAUGAACUGGACAACGACGAGGAGGAAGAUGAUGAAGCAGGGGAAGAUGAGUACGAUCAAGACGAAGAUGAAGAAGAAGUAGAAGAAGAGGAGGAAGAGUGUAACCAAGCGGACGCCGCAUCGGACGACGAUCACAUCGUGCACUUCCUCAAGUCUAACAGAGGCAACCAGGACAGGGGCUGGUACGCGGAGUACCUGCGGAACCUACUGCGGUGUGACAAAAAAUGCACUGUGGAAAAUCACGCGCAGGAGAAAGACCUGUUCCUCAGCAAGGUGAAAAAAUUAAGUAACUUGGUAAAGUACAAAAAGUUUAAAGAAAAGUACACCAACGAGUGGGAACAAAAAAUAGCGCUAUUCAAAUGUGACAAAUUGAGAAGGGCGUAUAGAAUUUUCCUGGCGAUUAUAUUUUCCAUCGUAAAGGAAAUUAAAGAAUUGAAAAGGGAGCUGAAAGAUAUGAGUCAAUUUGUUUUUAUCAAUUCGGGGAUUGAAAAUUAUUUAAACGAAAAUAAUAUCUCAACGGCGAGAAGAAAGAAGGAGAGCGGUGUAGGGGCAAACCGCUUCAACGACUACCACCUGGGGAGUGACAGCGGUUACGGCGGCGACAACGUGAUAAAUAGCUUCUUCCUGAGGAAGGCGUUCUCAAGUGAAGAUUCCGAAAAGAAAACAAAUGGAGAAAAAAAAAAAAAAAAAAAAUACAUUUCCUAUGUCCCACUAAAAAAUUACCACAUCUUAUUUCAAUCGAUUAAAGAAAUAUUCAAUGAACAAAAUGUGCAAGACAAAUUAGCACACAUUUCAUACUACAUCGAGCUGGACAAAGAUAUUCCUCCCUACUGCAGCUUAUUUUUUCGCCAAUUUAAAAUUAAGAAGCAAGUCUUAUUUCACAUUCAAAGCUUAUAUAGCAACUCAGUACCCACUGUGCCAUGUGUAAACAUGUUCAUCGCUUGUUUGAAUUACAAUUAUUCUAAUGUACUUAAAAAAAAAUUCGUUUUUCAAAGCGAAUUGAAUAAUAGUUAUUUGGCUAAGUUCCCCUGCGUAUACUGUUGCAACGUUCAAAUUGUGAGGCAUGUGGAUUUUUUAAAAUUAAAAGAAACAUGCCACAGGAUUAUUAAAGAGAAUAAAAUUCACCAACUCUUUGUUGAUCACCUUUCUUCCUCCUUACUAGACGAAUCGUAUUUUAUUGUACCAUUUUUUACUUCUUAUGGAAAAUUUUUAAUGGUUAUAAAAAGUAACAGGAGUAGCAACCCGGAUUCUUCUUCAACAGAUGUUUUACAAAAUAAAAAUUGUAUCACUUAUGACAUUCUUAUUAACAGCUUUGUCUUCCCCAAUGGAAGUAGCUUCCAAGCCAUUGUUCACUUGUCUUAUGUCUUUGUAAACACCCUUCGUGAUUUUUUCAAGACGAGGAAUUCCGAUGAGAACAUCCCCGAGAUUUCGUUCCUCAGCUUGCCCCACGUGGACAAGCAGCAGCUUCUUCACCACGAGAUUGAGUCCGCGGCCAACCGCACGGACAUCAUCAUUAACGUGCUAUUCCUGCUGGAGUCCUUCUUCAACAACACGAAAAAGAUGAAGGCCCCCGCGGAGUUCAACCAAGGACUGCGCUUCCUCUACAUUAUCAGGCUGCUCGAAUUUUUCCACCAAAAAGGCAAUUUGUGA